AUGGAGUCCCCACAGAUGUAUGACGCGGCCGGGGCACCGCCACCACCGCCCCAACCAGACCUGAAAAAGGUAACCGAGGACAAGAGAACACCCUUCCCGCCACCGGACCUCGACGAGCUCAAUGGACAGGAAAUCAGUCUCGACCUCCAACACCUCAUCGAGGACCAGUUCCGAGGGGAGGAGACUAUGGCGCUCUUCCAGGAGAUAUUGCCCGGGGGACGCUCACCACAACAUAGACCAUUCGCAAGAACCACCCUUGCGUAUAUGCCCCAGCCUGUCCAUUCUGGUGCCUCGUACGCAGCCCCAGUUCAAACAAACUCACACGAACAAGCGCCACCAAUUAAAGAGGAACCCCCUGAACCUCAUGAUUUUAGGAGAUCUGUGUCGUGCGCUCAGUAUACAGGCCAGUAUAAUCCGCAGCCACCUGUUGGAGUCAGUGGACCUUAUGGAGGUGGUUUCACUCCUCUACCGCCCUUGGGAGCGCCAUUGCUACCGCCACUCUUGAAGCACAAACCAGCACCACCCAGACGUUCGUCUGGAAAGGUGAUCGACAAAGGAACUGAUGAAUACAGAAGAAGAAGGGAACGCAACAAUAUAGCCGUGAGGAAAUCGCGCGAGAAAGCUAAAGUGCGCUCCAGGGAGGUGGAGGAGAAAGUGAAAACGUUGCUGAGAGAGAAGGAAGCGUUACUCAAAAGGCUUGAGGCUGUCUCUGGGGAGCUGAGCCUCCAUAAACAGAUGUACGUGCAUCUAAUCAAUCUAAAUCAUCCGGAGAUCACGGAAUUGUGUCGAUCAAUGUUACAACUGGGAGCUCCUCAUGCGCCUGACCAUUCGCUUUGA